UCUACAAAUUGCUUGUCAGUUAUUGUCAGUCGGCGCGCGCAUGCGUUUUGGGUUUGACGUGUGGCUAUUGUCAGUUUCUUGUUUGACUCGUACGAUCUUGACGUUAUUUUCUAUCGGAAUUUCGUAAUAUUUGUGCAGGUGUUUAAAAAUCGUUAAAUAAUUACACAAUUAAAAUGGAUAGAAACGCUAAUUCGCGUACGAACCAUUCUCAACCUAAUGAUCGAGAAUCGAGGUUCCUUUUACGAAAAAUUGUAAUGGAUUUCUUCAUACUAUUUUGCGUUGGCUUCUUGAUUCUCGUGUUCUACUUAUGGGGCACCCCUUACAAGCGAGGCUUCUUCUGUGAUGACGAGUCCCUCAAGCACCCUUUCAAAGACUCCACCGUCACCAAUGUCAUGUUGUACAUCGUCGGUUUGGGGUUGCCAGUACUAACCAUGUGUUUAACUGAAUGGAUCAGGCUCCGAGACUUCAUGGGCGGCAGGUCCCGCACCAUCUUCGGCGUGAACAUCCCGGCUUGGGCCUGGGAAGCCUACAAGGUCAUCGGUGUGUUCCUCUUUGGUUGCGCGUGUCAGCAACUCACCACGGAUAUAGCUAAAUACACCAUUGGAAGAUUGAGACCGCACUUCUUUGAUGUUUGCAAGCCAGACAUCGACUGCAACUUGCCCGAAAACAGGUGGCGAUACAUCGAGGACUUCAAAUGUAAUGGGGCCGAUGAAAAGCUUAUGAAAGAAAUGCGGUUAUCCUUCCCCAGUGGCCAUUCUUCCUUCUCUGCUUACACUAUGCUUUACUUUUCUAUGUACCUCCAGAAGCGCUUCACGUGGCGAGGCUCCAAACUCCUCCGCCAUGGGCUCCAGUUUGUCCUUGUCAUGUUGGCCUGGUAUACCGUCAUGACUAGGGUCUCAGACUACAAGCACCACUGGAGCGAUGUGCUUGCUGGCUUUAGCAUUGGUCUUCUAUACGCUGUUAUCAUUUUCACAUUCGUGUCCGACCUCCGCAAAUCCGUGCGGAUGCGUCCGCCGGCGCGCAGUGCCGAACUGCACGUCACCAACGGCACCAACCACAACACCAUGGUGCACGUCUGACAGACACCACCCAGCGAGUCGGUCUCCGACGAGGAACCAUGAUCCGAACCUCCGAAUAUAUCGUGGAUAUCACACGAAUAUUAUCAGUGAGUGAUGUGACUCUAUUUAGAUGAUAUAAUUGUAGAUGGUAGGUAGUGUUAAAAACAGUCGUGAUUCCUUUGAUAUAUGUCGGUCUCCGAUGAGGAACCAUGAUCCGAACCCCCGAAAAUAUAGUGGAUAUCACAAGAAUAUUAUCAGUGAUGUGACUCUUUGUAGAUGAUAUAAUUGUAGAUGGUAACAUUGAAAAUUGUCCGAUAAGGACACCUGAUCUGAAUAUGAUCAGUGAGUGUAAAACAGAGGUAGUAUUUCACAUGAUUCCUCUAAUGUACUGCAUUAAUUUGGUGGAGUUCUAGACCAGACAUCUAACAAAUCUGAGUCCAAAUCCUCAUCAAAUGUAACGUUGAUAUCACACGAAUACUAGUGAGUGAAGUGAGUCUUUAUAAAUGAAGUGAAUUUUGAAACAACAGUAAUGUUUCCCAUCAUUCCUUUGAUGUACCUACAAGAAAAGCAAGUUUGUAAUUGCAAUGCAAUUCUAAAAUUGACACAAUGCAAUUCUAAAAUUGCUUGGCAAUGAUGAUGUUACUGAUAUAUUUAGUCUUGAGAGACAUAACACGGCAAGUAAAUGAAUUGAAUGAGACAUGUUGUCUGUUGUAAAAUUUUACAUCUAGACAUAUUAACUUUAUACCUAGACCGAAUUAAAGUCUACUACCAACUAAACAUAACAGAUGUCUAGGGACAUUCGUUAAUGAACUACGAUUGCGAAAUUUAAAUUAAACUAGUUAUUGUAACAGAUGCUAAUUAACAAUGUACAUUAAUUUACGUUUACUUGCAAAUUAAUUUAGAAAUAUGUACAAAUUGUUUGUUAUGAGCAUAAUUUGAGUACUUCAUAUUUCAUACAAAUCGUUUUUAUUUAAUGCACUGCUGUAUGAAUUGCUUAACCGUGGAUUUUAUGCAAUUCCUCAACAGAAUAACUAAAAUAAUUUAUUCGAACAUGCUUUUAGACACUUAAGAUAACGUUGCAAUUUUACUUAUAAUAAGACCAUAUUUAUUUUAAUAUUGGCAGUGAAAAAAUGAAUAAUGGGUACUUUUAAUAUUUUAUUUUCUACCUCUUUUCUUUCUUCAGCCAUAUGCUUUACUAUUCUCGGAAAACUGUGUUUUUGCCUUAAUUAUUAAUAUUUUUAAUAUUUAUUAAAUUAAAUUAAUAUUUAUUAAAACUCUGCUACUAAAAAAAUUUUUUGCAAUUUUAAAGUACAUUUUUUUGCUGCAAACGUUUUAUUGAAAUUUUUUCGGAACUAAGUAUAUAAAUUAAGUAUAGUUAGAAAAAUUAUCAAGUACUGCAGAUUUUCUUAAUAACCGAUAAGAUCAUUUGCACUUUAAUUUAAUAACCCAAAGGGUAAAAAGUUAGUAUAUUUUAAAUAUAUGUAUGUAUAUAUUUAUAUAAAAAUGGCAAUGCAAAUUUGCAAGGUUUUACCCAAGGGAAUUAGUUAUGUUGUUAUUGAUAACAUAAAUCGUAAUUUUUAUUUAUAACAUUGCAUUUUAUACAAUAUAGAUUUAGAUCAUCGGUUUUGAGGUCUUGAAGACCGCAAGCCUGUAUUUUUAUACUGUGAUAUAGUUUUAGAAUAUAAUUAUUUGAGUUUAUGGAGAGUAUAAUUAUAUUUUAGAUUUAAGAUUAGGUGCUAAUUAAGUAUCAAAAAUGUUUUAGAUGUAAAGAUAUUUAAAAUUUUAUAUAUAUUUUUUUUGUCUAAAUUAUACUAGUCUGUCUGGUUUAAGGAAGCUAUGCAAGUAAUGUUUAAUCAAUAAAACGACAUAAGUAUUUUGUCUAAAGAAAUUAUGAGAUUCGCAACAUCGUUUCUAAUUACAUGAAUCUGCUUUCUUACCUAUAUAUAUAUAUCUAUUAAGGAGGGGUUAUUAAUCAAAGUUGACACUGUAUAUGUCUUUUUUCUCAUUCCAUCUUUUCGGUUAAAUUCAGUGAUAGAGAGAGAGAAGCAAGACCGAUAAAGAUACAUCAAUUUUCGUGAAUAACCUCUAAAGUAUCAUGAAAUAAGUCUGAAAAACAGCAUCUACACAGUUCGAAGAGCAAUUUAAGAAAAAAAAAUUUUGAUGAAUUAUAAAACUUGCAUAGUGUUAACGUAUAUGUGUUGUAAAAACACGUAUUAGAAAAAACACAUAUCAUAAUAUUUUAAAAUCUUAAAUUUUAAUUUUCUUAUUUGUUGAAAUGUGAGCGCCUACCUGCUUUCACAAAA